AUGAAUCGGUUUCGCAAAAAGUCCGACGCGAAACGUAGCCAGGUCCCUCUUACUGCGCGCACCAAUUCACCUCCAGUACGAGAGAUACUUCCAGAACUCCCCCCAGCCAGCGACUUUCGUACAUCACUCAUCCUUCCGGAUCUCUCUCGUCGCUUUACUCUCCUACGGACAUCAACUGGCGAUCCCAUAACCUUAGACGACUUGAGAAGUCGUUUUGCCGAACAGCGGGCCAAAGGAGCCUCCAACCACAUCUCGGAGGAGGAGGAAGACAUGAUACUUGAGACUUUGGGUCGUAUGCGGGGGAAGGCUCUCAAUGGGAGAAAUACACCAGACAAUAGCCCAAGACAGACAGAAUACUCCACAGGCGCGGGACGGUAUUCAGUGCGAUCCAACGACACCGAAGUGACAGAAUCGUCAUCAGUUGUUGGUUCCAUCCAAUCCUCACCCAGUGGGCGUUCCAACCGAUAUAGCAACAAUUUAUUCGGCUCUGGGCGCCUUCGCGAUUACUCGUAUGCCAGGAACGCGACGACGCAAAGCAAGACAGGGAGCACACGAAGUGCUCUCUCAUUUACCCCCACCGAAUCCUCUGCGAGUGUGAAGAACGUCGAGGAUACACGCCCUGUCACGCCCGAGCAAUCUGGUUCUGAUUCCCUGCCUUCGUCUCCAUCCGAGAAUCUUCAUUCUUCUCAAGAAACAGCUCAUGCCGGCACCCCUCCAAGUUCUGACCACUCCAUAAAGCCAGUGAACCCUUCUGCGCUCAGACGUGCCUCGCUGGCACUGGAGAAAGUGAUCAAAGAGAUUGAAGAGGAAGGUGAAGAUGAGAUCGUCAUGCCUAGGUCAACACCUACAACUCGGUAUAAUGGAGCAAUUGAAGCCGACCGUCCAUUGGAAGUGAGACAAUCCAUUUCCGAGACAUCGACUGUGGGUGAGGUUGAGGCAGUCGUGGCCAUAUCCUCUGACACUCGCCCUGAAUUGGAUAGCCAUAGAGUCUCGCCGGUGCCAUUCCGUAUCGCUCCUGGAUACAUACCCGGCAUGCCGAGACCUAUGACACCACGGGACAAUAUGGAGUUCGACGACCGUUCGCACUCAACCACCCCUCGCGCCACUUCCCCAGCUUACGCCGCCUCUAUUGAAACAAAUUCACCGACAACCUCCAAGAUAUCUAGUCUCAGCAGGUUUGGACGAAACUCCCCUUCAUCCCCUUCUCCAAGGCCAACUUCACCUCUCACAAACGCUCCAUUUUUGUCAAGAUCAACGAAUGGAAGACAUACCCCGGAAAGCGGUUCUCGUUCAAUAGACCCCGCCACGGAGUUUGACAGUCCACUCAAUUCCUCCAUUCUUGGCCGCCGAAGACCAGCAUCCCCACUCUCUGGCCCAGCGUAUCAGCCGCUCGCCGUUUCCUCACGCCCUUCAACGCCUUCUAACAUAACCUGGACCCCGCCAUCUCAAUCCCAGCAGCCCAAAGGACACGGUCGCAAUGGAAGCUGGAUGAGUGAUGGAACGUUCAGCAGCUCCGAGAUGCACUACACAGAUGAUGUGUCAAAGUCGACGACACGAUCUUUGCGAUCGCCUGCGCUACCCGAGUCGCCCAUGAUCGAAGCAGUCUCUACGACGAAUUCUCACUCCGCGAAUGGAUCAGAUUUUAGACCAUUUUCGCCAAUAACAGGCAUCAAUUUAGGUCCCCCGCAUAUUGCUCGCUCGCCUACCCCCACACAGAACGUAACCCGAUCACCAACGUCUCCUACCUUCCCAAGCUUUGACUCUCCUUCACGGACUGGUAGUAGACGUAAUUCGAGGCAAAACGCCCCAUCUUCGCCUACUGCUUUGGCUACCUUCCCUUCCCUCGCGUUCUCUCCCAUUGCCAACUCCUCUCGAUCAUCACUGGAGUCAACGGGAUCAAGCUAUCAUUCUUCCGAUGUCGACCACCUGAAGGAACGUGGGCUAAGCCUAUUCAAUGAUCUCGAUCCAAAUCAACCCGCUUGGCAUGAAUUCCCUCCCGAAUCCAGUUCUACAACCCCCGGUGCAUCUCCUGACGAUGAUUGGGACAUGGAGGACAUCAUCGCGCGUUAUGCUGGUCUUCAUAGAUCUGAUUUCAUGGCGAUUCAAGAGAAGUUGGUGAGUGCCGCUGUUGCGAAGAACACCCCUCCAGAUGUCCGCGAACGUGUUCCAUCUCUUCGUCGGAGACGACCUAGUACGUCUCAGUCCAAUUACUCGCUCAAUGGGCGUAUCGAACGAAUUGCCAGCCCUCCUCCCCAGACUCAACCACCAUCUUCUCCUCCUACCGCGUCGAAUACCGACCAAGUGGCGAAAGUCAAUGCGCUGCUCAACUCGGUGGUUGAUAGUAUCCAGUCUACUUCACCUCCUUCUACGACGGCUACUCUCGUAGAAAGGACAUCGUCGAAUCAGUCGGACAGAGAUAUUUCACCGACAACGCGCAGAAACAGAGAUCUCGCCCAGGUCUUAUUUGGAGAUGAAGCCGAGUCGAAGGAAAGCCCUGCUUCUCCCCCACCCGAGUCUACACCUGUCGUACCCAGCGUCGCCCCUUUACAGCCACUCGAGAGUGCGCCCUCGCCACCUCAAGAGGUUACAUCCCCCAAGCCAGUUCCUACUUCCCCGCUGUUGUCCCCAUUGCAGCAAUAUCGCAAUGCUUCUACGCCGAGACUUCCCCAAAGUCCAGAAGAAGUUGCUGAGUUGCACAGGGCCGUCCAGAUACAGGCGGAAGCCGCUACCAGGGCGCUCAGGAUGCCUCCUCCACCUUCGAAUCAUAAUGAGAGCACUGCAAUACUUUCCAGCAACUCGAUCUCGCGGAAGCGUAUUAACCCUGGCCUGAUUGGAAGCCCGACAUUAGUGUCUUCUACUGCGAGCGUCGAUACAAUUCCCCUGCGUCCACCCUCAUCUGGGUCCGGUAAUUAUGGCGGUCCCUCCAAAAUCAGCCAAAGAUUCAGGAAAUUCAGAGGAACCCUCAAGGCGAAACCUCACGCCCCUGCUGGUGGCGAGAUAACGCCAUAUCCUAUGGAUGUCAACGAGGUGUCUCCGACAGGCCAAGCCGCCGUAUAUGAUCCUUCACGACUUAAUCCACCUGGAAAGACCACACCCUCUAGUGCCACCGACUUUGGUCGAGCAAAGGUGACUGUCCCCAGUCCUCCUGCUUCCGCUGGUCCUGGUAUCAAGGGCUUUAUGGCACGCUUCCGGAGUAAAAAGGCACUCGAAUCCCACCAGCAAGAGCCCGAGAAACGACCCGCUUCCCACUCGCCAGCUUCCUCGCAUUUGCCUACAUCACCGUUGUCCUAUCGGCGACCUGCUACCGCUGAUGCAGCCGGCUCGUACUCGUCUAUGUCUCAGCUAGCUGCAGUCAAUCCUCACCAGGAGCUUAGCUUUGUUCCAGAGAAAGAACCCGCGCCCGGUGCUGAGUCGGAGGCGAUUGAUCAACUCUUCAAGGCCGCCGAAGCUCUGUCUGUCGAUAGACAAGCCCUCACCGCGUUGCUGCGUAGUGCGUCCUCCUCAUCGAAAACGACUUUGACCAGGAACCCUUCCAUGGCCCGCGCGCCACAACCCGAUAUACCUGAAGAGCAAUCCUCUUCACCUCCACAGAUUGUCACUAGUAGCCGCCCAAGUAUCGACGGUUCAAGGCCAAGUGAAGAUAAUUCGGUCAAGAAAGGGUCUAUUCGGCGUCACGUCGACGCGCUGCGCCCUCCACGCGAGUCGUUGGAUGCCCCAUCUAGCUCCAUUGUCAGACGGACAAUAAUCCUUGCUUCGGACACGCGGUCUUCGACAUUUGACUUGAAUACCUUAUUGAGGAAGUCCUCUAACAGGAGAAAGAGAGCUAGUGCUCAAUCAUUCUCUAAUCGGUCCGUUCAUGACCGUGUGCCUACUCCCCCUCCACCUCGGUCGAACGCUUCACGCCGAUUUUCUCAGGACCCAUCUCCGCCAGUCCCACACCUCCCCGGAUCUUCCUCACCAGGCGACUACCUUGCAGUUCCAGCCCUUUCCAAUGGCACCGAAAAACCUAAUUCUGCCGCUUACGAUUCACUCUACGAUAUGUAUGCAGGUGAUAGGGCUCAAAGUUCCGCCGGUGGGGAAUACGAUACCGCACAGUUGCCGCGCCACGAGACACCAGUUAAUCCUGAAGCUGGCACGGCUUUAGAGGUGAUUGAACUUGCCAACGGCGAAACUAUCUGGUCUAUAGUGAACGGGCUUCGUGAUGAUGAUGUCGAAUCAGUCUACGCUCACCGAGCUAGUUUUGCAUCAGAAUACUCAUCUCGCGAAAACGGUGAUGGUGUCCAAGUGUUCUUUAAGGAACACAAUCGAACAGGUUCCAAAGGCAGUGCAUCUUCUUUUCUUUCUCGUAAGAAGUCGCAAGCUAAGCAUCGACCGGAGACUAAGGUGUUCUACAGCUCCCCGGCCCAAAUCGGCCGUCUUAUCGAGGAUCUUUCUCAGACAAUGGACUCUGGGUCUUUCAAUAUACUACCUACCAAACCCGCAGUAGGUCACUCGACGACCUCCUCAGUAUCGGAUGCGAACUGGACAGUGGAAGAACGCUUGGAACACAUGUUGGGCUCCAUGGCAAAAUAG